AUGGUAAUAGGGGGAAAAUGGGAUUUAAGUAGAAACUCUAUGGAUCUGCCUGACUACGUUAGGGAUAGAAUUUUGAGCACCCCCGUUCCGGAUAUUGACCUUGAGGACUUCCUUAUACCAACCUUUGUGGACCACACCGGGUUCUCGCUGGCAAAAGUGUAUUCGCACCUCAUAGCACAGCCUCAGAUGGAUCUAGAAUGGCUAUGGAAGAGUAAAACUGAACCUAAAAUAAAAAUUGUUCUUUGGCUCUUAUGCUGUGAUCGCAUUCCACAUAAGGCACUUUUAGCAUUGAGAAAAAUCACCCCUGAUUCGGCUUGUCCUCGUUGUAAACACAUGUACGAAGACUCCAUACAUGUGAUCCGUGAUUACAUUUUCUCCGUCCCGGUUUAG